CCUUUGGAUUCCAAUAUUUUGAUUGAUAAUUACUGCCACAUGUCACAUAAUGAUUAGCUUUUACAAAAAUAAAAAUCCUUAUCCACCAUCUCUCGCUUUUCUCCAUUCCCACCCCAUUCCCCACUUUCCACCACUCACUGCCAAAAGCCCAUUCAUUCUCUACUCUAUUUUUUUUUUUUGUUUGUUUUUUUCUCUCUUUACUUGCAAUUAUGUAUUCAUGAUCUUGAAAUUUCACCAUGCUCAUGGGCUGCGCGGUGGUCAGAAAGAGAAUGGGUGGUGAUCGUCGAUUAUUGGUUAUGUUGAUGGCAAAGGAGGAAGGGCUAGGCCGAGUAAAAUACUUCCUUCAUUUUUCUUAAAAUGCAUUACUUUCUAAAUGAGGAUGUUUCAAAUUAAAUUCAUUAUCAUCCUUUUUAAUUAAUAAAUUCUCUCAAUAUAUCUUUCAUGUUAUAUAAUAUUUGCCUUUUUUUUUUAUUUUAUUUUUUAUUAUUUCGUAUGACACACCUAUCAUACAAUACUAAUCUAACAUGUCUAAUUUAGCUCUUUUAAGUGGGGCCGCAACGGCGGGAUAAUUGAUGGGAUAUACAAGUAUAUUAUUUUUAAACUAGGCAAUCGUAUUUUAGUACGUAGUAUAUAAUUAUUGAUGAUUACUUAAAUCAUUCUCAUACAUCUAAUCCAAAAUUUGGGCUAGAAAUUAAAUUAGAAUUUAGGCGCACCUGUAUUUUGGAUUUCCCUCCUAUCUUUUCAUCUUAUUUUCCCCGAUCUAAGACACUAUAGGCAUAUAACUCAUUCCAGUUUUCCUCUAUAGCGGAUCUUGAUUUGAAUUAAUAAAUCAUAGUUAACCUUACAAUCCGUCUUUUCCUUCUCCUCGUAACACAUUUUUAUUCCGAAGAGAUUUGUUUUCAUACGUAACAAAAAUGGUGGUGUUGAGGCUAAGUGUGGCCGUAUUUGUUCUGCUAACAUUCGUGCCGUUGUGUGUUUACUCACAAUCACCCUCUCAACUUUGGGUGGACAUCACACUGGUGAAAAGUACUAUUGCCAAAGAUCUUGGAGCAUAUUGCUUGGAUGGGAGUUUACCUGCAUAUCAUUUCAGCAAAGGAUUCGGUUCUGGAGCAAACAAUUGGCUUUUGCACAUUGAGGGUGGUGGAUGGUGCAAUGAUGUAGAAUCAUGCUUGGAGAGGGCUAGCACUCGUCGCGGUUCCUCACACUACAUGGCUAAGGAAAGGGUCUUUCCUGGAAUAUUAAGCAACAAAGAUUCCCACAACCCAGACUUCUACAAUUGGAACCGCAUUUUGCUAAGAUACUGUGAUGGAGCUUCCUUUGCUGGCAAUUCCAAGUAUGAAGAUGGGACCAAAUCGCUUUACUUCAGAGGGCAAAAAAUUUGGCAAGCAAUGAUUUCUGAUCUUCUUCCACAAGGGCUCGCACAUGCAGAGAAGGCUUUGCUUUCUGGGGACUCAGCAGGGGGUUUAGCAGUGUUUCUACACUGCGACAACUUCUCCAGGUCUCUACCAGGAAACGCUACUGUCAAAUGUAUCAGUGACGCCGGUUUAUUCUUAGACAUAAAAGAUGUAGGCUAUAACGAAACAAUUAGGUCCUUAUACCAUGACGUCGUUUCUCUUCAAGGAGUUGAACAGAAUCUGAACCAAGAGUGCACCAGUUCUCAAAGCGAUCCUAAGCAAUGCUUCUUUCCACAGUAUCUUCUGAGUUACAUCAAGACUCCGUUGUUCAUUUUAAACUCUGCAUAUGAUACGUGGCAGUUUCACAACAUCCUGGUGCCAUCUUUAGCUGAUCGGAAAGGAAAAUGGAAUAAUUGCAAGAAAAAUGUAACUUCUUGCACUGACAGUCAAAUUCAGAUACUACAAGAUUUUCGACAGAAAAUGCUCGAGGCUACAUACUCUUUCUAUACACAUUCAAAAAGGGGAGGAAUGUUUAUAAAUUCAUGCUUUGCACAUGGCCAAAGUGAAUAUCAGGAAACUUGGUUUGACAUCGACUCCCCUAGAGUCCAAAACAAGACUGUUGCAGAAGCUGUUGGUGAUUGGUAUUUCGAACGAAACGUGACAAAGUUGAUCGAGUGUCCAUAUCCUUGUAGUGCUUCCUGUUAUCAUUCUGUACCAGCAGCAUAGACCAAGAUUUUUACUCGGUGAAUUAUCAUAGCAUUUGGAGAAAAUCUAUACCUGAGGAUUUAUAAACUUGUAUGUACCUGGAUUAUUUGAUGUUCAAUCACAAGUUUCUGAUCACUUUUGUACUUCAUUAUUACUAAAAUUGGAGUAAAUUCUGCUGA